AUGGAUGACCUUUACGAUGAGUUCGGCAAUUACAUUGGUGAAGGUGGACUGUCGGAGGAAUCAGAAGCCGGAGAUGUCCCUGCAACCGGCUAUGUCUACGAAGACCUGGAAGAAGAGGAGGAGGAGGAGGAGGUCGAGCGAGCCGACCAGUUGAUGGAGGUCGAUGAAGGUCCAUCAAAUGCGGUUAUUUUGCACGAAGAUAAACAAUAUUACCCCAGCGCUCAACAAGUAUACGGAGCCGACGUCGAGACUUUGGUACAAGAAGAAGAUGCGCAACCACUUACAGAACCGAUCAUCAACCCGGUAAUACAGAAGAAAUUCUCGUUACAGGAAGCUGAUCUUCCUCCUGUGUUCUACUCGAGAGAGUUUAUGGCGGAUUUGCUCAAUUAUCCAGACCAGAUCAGAAAUAUUGCGAUUGCGGGUCAUUUACACCAUGGAAAGACGACGUUUAUGGACAUGUUGGUUACGCAAACACACGAUAUCAACGAGAGACUGGAGCAACGUACUGGUAGAAAGCGAGACGAACAGUUGCGGUACACUGAUGUGCACUUUCUCGAACGCGAACGACAGCUGUCCAUCAAAUCGGCGCCUAUGUCUCUUGUCUUACAAGGAACGAAGGGAAAGUCGUAUCUUUUCAACAUUCUAGAUACGCCAGGUCAUGUCAACUUUGUGGAUGAGGUCGCAGCGUCUCUACGCUUAGCGGAUGGUGUUGCACUAGUUGUGGAUGUCGUUGAGGGUGUCCAGGCAAACACAGAGCAAAUCAUCAAAUAUGCCGUGUUGGAGGAUAUGCCAAUGACCCUGGUGGUCAACAAGGUCGAUCGAUUAAUUUUAGAGUUGAAGUUGCCGCCAAACGAUGCAUAUUUCAAACUGAAACAUGUCAUUGAACAAGUCAACUCUAUUAUUGAGAAUGUCAUCCCGGGAAUGGGAGAAAGCCGACGAUUGAGCCCGGAAAAAGGAAAUGUCGCUUUUGCGUGCGGCUUGAUGAACUGGUGCUUUACCUUGGAGUCAUUCGCUAAAAUGUACGCUGAGCGUCAUUCCAAACUCGACAGCGCAGAAUUUGCAAAGCGAUUGUGGGGAGACAUUUUCUAUAACCCUCGAAGCCGCAAAUUCACGCGCAAGGGAGUUGAAGAAGGAUCCAAGCGGUCAUUUGUCAAUUUUGUCCUUGAACCAGUCUACAAACUUUACUCGCAUACGAUAAGUGAAAGUCCAGAAGACCUGAAGGAGACUUUAGCGAGCUUGGACAUAUACCUCAAACCUUCUCAGCUCAAAUUGGACGCAAAGGUGCUUUUGAAUCUGGUCUGCGAGCAAUUCUUUGGCCCAGCCACCGGCUUUGUCGACAUGUGUGUGCAGCAUAUACCAUCUGCUGUGGAGGGAGCAUCGCGAAAGUUGAAACGAUACUACACCGGACCUUUGGAUACACAAAUUGUGCAGUCGAUGUUGAAAUGCGAUUCAGAAGGGCCUCUUGUCAUUCAUGUCACCAAAUUGUAUAAUAGCUCCGAUGCCUCGAAGUUCAAUGCCUUUGGUAGAGUCAUGAGUGGCGUUGCCCGUCCCGGACAGCCGGUUAGGGUACUCGGCGAAGGUUACUCUCUUGACGACGAGGAGGAUAUGGUCAAUGCAACUAUAUCUGAUACAUGGAUUGCCAAUUCGCGGUAUAACCUCCCGAUCGACGGUGUCCCUGCCGGUAACUGGGUGCUACUCGGCGGUGUGGAUAACUCGAUCAUGAAGACUGCCACACUUGUUGCGCCUAAAUUCGAAAAUGACGAAGAUGCCUACAUCUUCAAGCCAAUCCGCCAGUUAACGGAAUCUGUAUUCAAGGUUGCCGUGGAGCCUAUCAACCCAUCAGAAUUGCCCAAGAUGUUGGAUGGACUCCGUAAGAUCAACAAGAGCUACCCUCUAGUAUCCACCAAAGUGGAAGAAUCUGGUGAGCAUGUCAUCCUAGGCACGGGAGAACUCUAUAUGGACUGUGUUCUCCAUGAUCUUCGCAGACUCUAUGCAGAGAUGGAAUUGAAGGUAUCCGACCCAGUGACCAGAUUUUGCGAGACUGUGGUAGAAACUUCUGCGAUUAUGUGCUACUCUAUCACACCGAACAAGAAGAAUAAGGUGACCAUGAUUGCCGAGCCAUUGGAUGAUGGUAUUGCCGAAGACAUUGAGAGUGGCCGUGUUCGUAUCAAAGACCCCAUUCGAAAAGUUGCCAAAUUCUUUGAAGAGAAAUAUGAGUGGGAUAAAUUAGCAGCACGCAGUAUCUGGGCGUUUGGUCCGGAAGAGAAUGGGCCUAAUAUAUUGCAAGAUGAUACGCUGCCGUCACAAGUGGACAAGAAGCUUCUUGGAACUGUUCGUGAUUCCAUCAUUCAAGGCUUCAGCUGGGGAACGAGGGAGGGUCCUCUUUGUGAAGAACCUAUUCGAAACACCAAGUUCAGACUUACGGACAUCUCCCUCGCUGACCAAGCGAUCUACCGUGGUGGAGGACAAAUCAUCCCUACCACCCGUCGCGCAAUCUACUCAUCCUUCCUCAUGGCAUCCCCCCGAUUAAUGGAACCCGUAUAUGCAUGCGAAAUGCUCGGUCCCGCUGACGCCGUCGCUUCUGUAUACACAGUUCUAUCACGACGACGAGGUCACGUCCUCUCCGACGGACCCGUAGCAGGCACACCCCUCUACUCCGUCCGAGGUCUCAUACCCGUCAUCGACUCCUUUGGCUUCGAGACUGAUCUCCGUAUCCACACCCAAGGACAGGCAACAGUCAGUCUGGUCUUUGACAAAUGGAGUGUUGUACCCGGUGACCCUCUCGACCGCGAAGUCAAGCUUCGACCAUUGGAAAUGGCAAGUGCGCAGGCUAUUGCAAGAGAUUUCGUGCUCAAGACGAGAAGACGUAAAGGGUUGGCGGAGGAUGUGACGGUCAGCAAAUUUUUGGAGUCUGAGUUGUGGCGAGGACUUAAGGAUAGUGGUGUGCUCGAGGGGUAG